AUGACCAAGGGUACUUCCAGUUUCGGUAAACGCCACAACAAGUCGCACGUUCUGUGCCGACGAUGCGGUCGCCGCUCUCUUUCCGCCCAGAAGAAGGAGUGCGCUUCUUGCGGCUACCCCAACGCCAAGAUUCGCAAGUACAACUGGAGCGAAAAGGCCAAGCGCAGAAAGACUGUCGGCACCGGCCGCACGCGCUACCUCAAGGAUGUCUCGCGCCGCUUCAAGAACGGCUUCCAAACCGGCCAGCCCAGCGGCGCCCGCGGCGCCUCCAAGGAGUAA